AUGUAUUUUGGAAGAUGUUUGCCCUGGUACAUCGUUGACCGCGUGCCUUACUUCAAACGCUUUAAGAUUCAGGAUGCAAAAAUGCCUAGCAACAAGGAGCAAUGGGAGUGUUGCAAGAGUGUACUUAUCUCGCACUUUGCAGUUGAGGCUUUCCCAAUUUGGUUUUUCCACCCUAUUUGCGAGAGGAUAGGAAUCAGUUUUGACGUUCCAUUCCCCAAAUUGACCACUAUUGCCUGCCAGGUGGCCCUCUUCUUUGUUCUAGAAGAUGCGUGGCAUUACUGGUUCCACAGAGGAUUGCACUACGGUGUGUUCUACAGGCGUAUUCACAAGCAGCACCACCGUUAUGCUGCUCCUUUCGGGCUUGCUGCUGAAUAUGCUCACCCGGUCGAGGUAAUGCUGCUUGGAUUUGGAACUGUGGGAAUCCCAAUUAUAUUCUGUUACUUCACGAGAAACUUGCAUCUAUUCACGGUGUGCAUUUGGAUCACUCUGAGACUGUUCCAGGCCAUCGAUGCCCACUCCGGAUACGAGUUCCCCGUCUCGUUGCAUCAUUUCUUGCCUAUCUGGGCAGGAGCAGAUCACCACGACGAGCACCAUCACCACUUCAUUGGAAACUACGCUUCUUCGUUUAGAUGGUGGGACGCAGUGCUCCAGACUGAAGCUGGUGUCCCAGCUAAAACUGUCAGAGAGAAGAAGAUGAAGCAAAAGGCCAAGAAGAUAAACUAG